UAGAACUGUCAAAUGAAAAUGAUCAAUGAUUGAGUAGACGAAAGCUUUUACGAUUAAAUGAUAAUAUAUUUAUUAUAUAUAUAAAUUUCUGUGUAUUGAAAAAUGGCUGAAAUAGAAUGGCCGUGGCAAUACAGUUUUCCUCCGUUCUUCACCAUUCAAGUUCAUGAAGAGACUAAAUCUAGACAAAUCACACUAUGGAGAAAUUUAGUUUUGGAAUAUUACAAAUCCACAAAGCAGAGCACAUUAGAUGUGGGAGAAUCUUUAAAUUCUCCCUUAUUCAAUAAUGCAGCAAUUGAUAGAAAACUAUCUCAAGAAGGAAUAGUUCUUAUUCUAGAAGAUCUUGCUAAAACUGGAAAUGCAGCUCCUUUAGAUAAAUUAAAAAAUAGGUGGGAGAUCUAUUGGCAUACACUAGAAGAAUGGGCUUCAAUUUUAUAUGAUUGGGCCCAAGAAAAUGGACAAGUAAACACAGUUUUAACUUUGUUUGAACUUGUUUCUGGUGAAGAUACCACAAAUAUGGAGUUUUAUGGUCUUGAUACUAAUGUUCUAAUUAAAGCUUUGAGAAAAUUAGAAUCUGAAAAUAAAUGUGAACUCAUAAUGUUUGAUGAUAAUCAAGGCGUGAAGUUUUUUUAA